AAGCUGCACGUGGCUUGGCCAGGACUGGCAAUUAGAGCAUCACCCAGCCAAACCACCUCACUCCCCUAGGGCAUUUAUUCACUGUAUAAAAGCUUUGCCAUCACGGGGCUCUCCUAGACACUUCUCUCCGCUUGUUCUCACAGAUGAAGUGGGCAUAACCACCUUGGAUGACCAUGCACUAUUAUGGGGAACCAUACAAACCACUAUACUUCCCGGGAUCGGGUUACAUCACUGAAAACCUCCAGCCCAUGCCCCGGUCUGAUGCAUGCAGUACCACGUGCCACCCAGUGAGCGUGAUCAAGUGUCCGAUGCCAACAUGGCAAACCUACACUCAACCUCUCGCUUACAUGUGCCCACAGCCAAGCAUGACCCAGACACCACUGCUGUCUUGUCAGCCCCAUGCCCAGCAGUGCAUCCUGCUGUACCCUGAGCCUUGUGAGACCACUCACCUCCUGCCUUGUAGGAAGCCCAGCCUGAAGAUAUGCACAACGCAGGAUUGCCAGCCCUGCAAGGACACCUGCCCUGAAAAAAAGCAUGAGGCCAAAAGCCUCCCACCAUGCGUAUCCAAGUACCCUGAGCUGAAAACACUCAGGUUCCCACCAUGUGGGGUCAAGAACGCAUCCUCGUGCGUAGAUGAAUGCAGGUCACAGAAAAUAUCCAAAUGCUCAUCACAGCAGCACAGCAGGGAGCCUCGGCCCCUGCAGGGGAUGACCAGCAGCUAUUCCCCACCACUGCAGGGAGUCAGUGAGUGUCCCCCUCAGCCAUGCAUAAUGCAGCCUUUCCCACAUGAGCAUGUGAGCAACUUGCCCCCACAGAAUUGCAUGAAGGGCUACCCAACACAGGAACAUAUCACAUCCUCACAGCAGUGUGUAACCAAGUGCCUGCCACUGCCACACAUGACCAAGUGCCCACCGCCACCACAGGUGAUCAAGUGCCCACCGCCACAGGUGACAAAGUGCCCGCCGCUACCGCACGUGGCCAAGUGCCCACCACCACCACAGGUGAUCAAGUGUCCACAACUGCCACCACAGGUGACCAAAUGCCCGCCACACGUGACCAAGUGCCCGCCACCGCAACAGAUGACCAAGUGCUCCCAUGGGCAGGGAAUAAAGGAGAGCUCCUCACAGAAACAUGCAGGCAAAUGCUUGCUGUCACAGGAGGGAGUCAAGUACAAGAGCUCAUCAACACAAAACCUAAGCAAGUCCAAGUGUCUCUACACACCUACCACCCAGCACUCUCCACUGCGUCACACGGGAGGAGUGAAACGUUCAUGCCACCACAAGAAGAGUCGCUGUGAAUCAAAAUGGCUGUGUUAAAGGAGAUAAAGAAGUAGUUGUGAAAACAGUAAGCUAUGUACCUGAGGUCUGAGGUUAUUUCUCUCCCCCUGCUCCAGUUCCUAACACCUAGAGAAGCUUUGCCCUUAUUUUUCCUCUUAUUGUACCCAUAUUAAGCUUAUAGAGUACAUUGCCUUCCUUUUGUGACUGCACUUCAGUUAUUCCUGCAAGAGAAAAUAUGUUAGUGAGAAGUUAAAUAACUGAGCAGGUGCUCAGACUUUAAACUUACUGAUACAACCCUGUUACAGUGUUCACACCCCAAGAGACUUCUAGUGUUACUGGAUCAAUUUUGAUUGCUGGUUGUACCAGUCUGAUUAAAUCUCAGGUUGUAGCUGGA